AAAAAAUCAAUCAUCAACACUGUCAGACAAUUAAAAAAAUGUCAGAAGUAUCAUUAUCAAAAACUCCGGUUGAGGAAUUAGCCGGAGGAGAUCAACCGGAAGAACCAGAAGUCUACAAACCCUACAAAGUUUUUAUCAAUCAUGUGGAUUCUUAUCACUCUAAGUAUAUCUCGGCUUACGUUACAGACCAAAUUUACGGAUUAUCCAAACUGAUGAUGAAAGGGGGUGCCGGUGAAGAAGCCCCGGGAGAAGAAGCAGCAGCUGUAAAACCCCCCUUACAAGACCUCCCCAAAGACAAAUAUGAAUUCAUCGGCACACUUUCAUCGGUUUAUAGAGAACCUUCCGAAGACAUCCUCUACACACUCAGCGAAGAUGAUGAAGAUUUUCGCGAAAAGAUCCUAAAGUGUGGUUUUAUAAUUUACGAUAUUACGAAAUAUCCGAAAGAAAUUGAAAAAGCCCUCAAAACAUUGUCGAUACUUACAGAACAGUUGGAUAAAAUUAGUAAAAUCGGACCGAAAACGUAUGAGCAGUUUAAUGAAACUAAGAUUUUUAUUCUUAUUUCAACUAUUAUGACAUGGGGGUUGACAAAACCAUUAGAUCCUGAUGAUCCGGACUUGCCACUUUCGGAAGUAGACUAUCGGAAAAGGAGACCACAUCCUAAUUAUAAAGAACAUUACACUUGCGAAAAAGAAGUUAUAAAAAUUGGACAACAAUAUAAAGAUAAAUUAAAAACGUACAUCGUAUGCGCCGGCCUAACUUAUGGCGAAGAGGAGGAUAUUUUAGACUUUUUCUUCAAAAUGGCGUGGUACAAUGAAGUGUUGCCAAUUUUUGAUAACGGCAACAAUAGAAUUCCUUUUAUCCACGUCCGUGAUUUAGCAAAAGCCCUUCAUGGGCUAAUGGAAAACGCACCUCCUAAACCGCAGUAUAUUUUAGCAGUCGAGCAAACACCAACAACUCUAAAAAAGUUUGUGAAAACUCUAAGCAAAGCUCUAGGUGAUGGAAAAGUAACAAAUGUUAUGUCCGAGGAAGCUUUCCUCUACAAAAAUAUGACUCAAACUAUUUUUGAACGAUGUACUGUCAAUCUCAACAUGGAACCAGUUUUUCUCGUUGAAAAUCUCCAAUUGGAGUGGCAAAGCGAAUUAACUAUUGCCGAAAAUAUGCUUCAAGUCGUUCGCGAAUUUACAGCAAAACGAAAUCUAAGACCUGUAAAAAUAAUAAUACAUGGGCCCCCAGGUUCCGGCAAAACCCAGUUGGCGAAAAAAAUGUGCGAAUACUACAACUCGAAGUAUGUUUCGAUUCCGACAAUGUUGGAGGACUACAUAAAAUUUUGGAAAGAAAGUCUCGUAAGGCCUGAAAAACCCAAACUAGAGGAAACCGAGUACCUUGGCGAAGAGGAAUUAGAAGAAGAAGUGGAAGACGAAGAAGACCCCCAACAAAUCUUGGAACAAAUACGAGAAAUGGAAAUGUUUAUGGAAGCUGGUGUUGAGAAAAUGCCUGAUGAUUACAUUACCGGUUUAUUGAGGUCGUAUUUGGCGAAAAACUUUUGCCAAAAUCGGGGUUACGUCCUUGAUGAUUAUCCUCGCUUACCCGCUCAAGCUAAGGAACUUUUCGGUCAAAGUGAAAACAUGGGCGGCGAAGAGGAAGAAAUGGAAGCUCCAGAUUUCGCCGAAAAAAUAUUACCAAAUCUUGUUGUCGGUUUGGUAGCAACAGAUGAAUUUAUAACUGAAAGAAUGAUGAAGAUGCAGGAGGAAGAAAUCAAAGACACUCCGUAUGCUGAAGAAAUUAUCUUGGAAAGAUUGAGAGAAUUUAGAGAGAAUAAUACUGAUGAAAAUACCGUUUUAAAUUAUUUCGAUGAGCUGGAAAUUGACAUUUUACUUUUGGAAGCUAAAGAUGAUGAUAACGAGGAAGCAUUUACUUUUAUAGCUAAUCAAAUGGGCCCACCGUCCACUUUCGGUUUAACACCUGAGGAAGAAGAAGAAUUGAGAACAAUACAAGAACAGGAGAGGCAACUAGCUUUAGAGAAAGAGGAGUUGAGCAAACAACUCGAAUUGGAAAAAGCUGAAGAAGAACGUAAAAAUAAAAUGGAAGCUUGGUCAGAGACAUUGGAAAAGUUGCAAAUGGAAGAAGAGAAGAUUUUAGUGGCCCAGAGUGAACCUUUGAGACAUUAUUUGAUGAAAUACGUGUUUCCAGUUCUCACUAAAGGUUUGAUAGAACUCGCAACGUUGAAACCGGAUGAUCCGGUUGAUUUUCUCGCUGAAUACCUCUUCAAAGAGAAUCCUGAAGGUAAAAUGUUUGAUCCUUCAUAUAAUGUUGAGUGCGAGGAUCUUUACACCGAGUUUCGGGGAUACAUUGACAAAAUCAUUGAUGAAAAUGAGGCGUUUGAUUGAAUGGCUUUUUUGAAUAAUACAUUUUAUUUUGUAUUUUGAAAUCAUCUACUCUAUACAUUA